AUGAUGUUUUCUGCCCGUAGGAGUCAGGAUCUUCGUGCUUGCCAUUAUAUAUGCCCUGAUGGGUUGUCCCCUUUCAUAUGUAUUGUGCUGGUUCUUCUCGUUCUAUUUGCUUUACAUUGGUUUGUGCAUUCUUGCUGCAAUUUCCCCCAUCCAAUUGUCUUCCAUGGGAGAUCAUUAACGGGUAUCCCUGCAGCUAUUGAUUUGUUCUCUGACCAUGUUUUGGUUGGGAUCUUUUACCUGGUUGGAUUCGCGUUAUUUUGCUUAGAGACACUGUUGAGCUUAUGGGUACUUCAGAAAGUACCUCCCAUAUCCCCUGGAUACCCAUUGGCUGCACUUGAUAUGGUUCUACAAAAUAAGGCAGUAUUUGGAAUGAAGAUGAACGACCUGCAUACCAAUGAUCCGACUUAUCCAGAUUACGUCCUGCUUAGUUACCCUCAUGAAUUCUCAAUUCACGGCGUACGGGAUCCCACAAAAUCCGGUAACCAGCUCAACUAUGGGAUCUCUGGGAUCCCUCAUUGGCGUCAAGUGGCGGACUUUAGGAAGGAGGUGCAAAAAGGGGGUCCCGCAUUCGUGGCGAAGCUGAAACUCUAUUGGCCAGAUCUGAGGCCGCCACGCAGGAGGAACCCGUGGUCCUUUUGGAAGAAUCAGUACGACAAACAUAUUGCUCAUCCACAGACUGGCCUUGAGGUCCUUGAUUUUUUCAGACUGGCCGUCCGCAUGUUCGAACAACUUGAAACUCCAUAUCUCGCCAUACCGCGAGGCAUCUCGUUAGAUGUGUCUGAUUUUCUUAACGGUUACUUGAACCCGGCUGGACACCCGCCUGGACUUUAUCGAAAGGUUUUUGUGCCCGUUGGUGAUUUCUCAUGUGCGGGGGUGCAUGAAAAAAUUGGGUCUCCGUACCUCAAGAAAAUGACACUUUGGGAAGAUUCGAAUGCACCGCAAGCACCGGUGGUUUACCUCUUUGAAGUUUAUGUGAGUAUAGAUACCUUGAUCCAUGCGGGGGAUCCAAUCCGUCUCAUUGACCAGAUCCCAGUCAUCACUCAAAUCCCAGCAAAUGAAAAAAGAAAAAACCCUAGACUCGACACGGCGAGAUGUGUCUACAAACGGCGUGUCGCGGAAUCUCCAAUGAACAGAGUAGAGAUAGCAGAUGAUGCAUUCACUCCGGAUAAGAACCAACCAAUUAAUUAA